CUCAUUCAAAUAUUUGUCUUCUCUCCGCAGUAAUUUACACUAAAAAUCAAAAUUAUCACAGAAAAUCGGCGUAAAAUUGACCCAUUUACUCAUUUCUCGAAACGUAUCGUAUCCAGCAAACAUCAAAACAGAUUUCCGGGAAAUUUUCUUUCAACAAAUCAUUGAAAUUGGAUAAAAAUCGACCGAAAAUAAUAAAAAAUUAAAAAGUGGGUCACGAUCAAACGAUACGUAACAAUAUCGGGUCAAUGUUCGUUCACACUCAUCCAAACUCUUCUUCGUCACAUUCCUCAGCGACAACAAGUGCAAGUUUAUGAAAGUUUUUGACAAUGAAAUCGAUUCAUUAACACCAUUUUUGUUGAGUUUUGCAUAGAAAAAUUUAAAAAAUUUAUCGUUUACCUGAAAAAAAGUUACCGACGUACAAAAAAAAUGAAACUGUGGCCAUUACGGCGAAUCGUCAAAUACGGGAUUGCGAGUUCGGCGGUAGUUGGAACGGGUUUCAGCUUAGCAGCGAACGACUACAACCUCAAUUCCAUCGGGAUAGUGCGUUUAACGCGUGCGGCAAUCACUGUUUUUGACAUCGCUCAUACCUACAAAACCAAAUUAUAUUACAAAGAAUGGGAUAAGGCGAGUCCCGAGUACUUACAGAAGAAAAGUGAGGUUCAUUAUAUUGCAGCGGCGCGUUUGCUGGAGUUGUGUCGCACGAACAAAGGAGUUUAUAUCAAAAUUGGACAACAUGUUGGUGCCUUGGAGUAUCUCCUGCCGAUGGAAUAUGUGAAAACGAUGAAAGUUUUGCACUCAAAUGCCCCCGAAAACACCGUUGAAGACCUUUACAAGGUCAUUCGGCAAGACUUACGUGUCGAUCCGGAAGAGCUUUUCACGUCUUUCAGCGAAAAACCGCUCGGAACAGCAUCUUUGGCGCAAGUUCAUCGUGCCACGCUCAAGGAUGGACGAGAAGUUGCCGUUAAAGUGCAACAUCCAUACGUUCGGGGCAACUCUAUUGUCGAUAUCAAGACCAUGGAAUGCCUUGUCAAGAUCAUGGAAUGGGUUUUUCCCGAUUUUAAGAUGCAAUGGUUGGUUGACGAGUCGAAAAAAAAUCUCCCCAUGGAGUUGGAUUUCGUUCACGAAGGCAGAAAUGCGGAAAAAUGCGCAAAAAUGUUCCACGAAUACGAUUGGCUUGUCGUUCCGAAGAUUUUUUGGGAGUAUUCAACCUCUCGAGUACUCGUCAUGGAAUACGUCGAAGGCGGACAAGUCAACGAUUUGGACUAUAUCCAACGAAAUAACAUCAACGUGAUGGAAGUCACGGAAAAAUUGGGCAAAUUAUAUUCCCAAAUGAUCUUUAUCGACGGUUAUGUGCACUCUGAUCCCCAUCCAGGCAACAUUUUGCUCCGAAAAAACGAAAAAACCGGCAAAACUGACGUACUUUUGCUCGAUCACGGACUUUAUGCGAACCUCACGAACAAAUUUCGGUACGAAUAUUCCAAACUGUGGCUCAGUAUCUUGAGUGUCGAUCGUCAGGGCAUGCGAUAUCACGCCAAUAAUCUCGGAGUUGAGGGAAAUUUGUAUGGAUUGUUCGCCUGUAUGCUCACGGGAAGGCCUUGGGAGAGUGUCAUGAAGGGUGUAGGCAAUGUUGAACAAACUGACGACGAAAAGGAGUUGCUGCAAAAUAAUACUUCGGCAGUAAUUAAUUACAUUGCGGAAAUUUUGCAGAAUAUGGAUCGACAGUUGUUGCUCGUUAUGAAGACAAAUGAUUUAAUAAGAAGCAUUGAGACGAACCUCAAGACGCACAAUCGCAUGACGGCGUUCUGGGUGAUGUCGAAAUGUUGCAUAAAAUCCAUUUUUAAUGAGGAUUACAGGCAGGCGACGACAAGAUGGGAGAGAUUUACGAUACGAUUGAAGGAGACGUGGACUUUGCUGAAGCUGAAUGUUUUUUAUUUCUACAUGGGAUUGCGGAGGAUGGACUUGAAACGCUCACUUAAAGCCUUGACGUUAUAAGUUUUUGUUUUUUUUUAUGUUUAUGGAAGUUUGAGAGAUUCGAUGGAAAAUGUUACAAUUUUUUUUUAAUUAUUUGAGAAUUUUUUCUUCAUUGAAGAAGUUGGAUUUGAAAAAAAUCGUAAAAAUUAAGGUUAAAGUUGAGAAAUUUUUAAAAAAAAGUUUAAAGUCACGUUAAAAAUAAUUUUAAAUAUUAAAUUUAAAAAAAAGAAAAAAAAUCUGAUCAAAUGAGACAAAAUUUAGAAAAUUUUAUA